GCGGUGCGUGUGACUCUGAGCAGCGGACACCGAGGGAAGGUGACAUUUUGUAGUCGUGUGUGUGAGUGAGUGUAUCAGAGUGUGGAGAUGUCGGCCGUGGGGAGGACGCUGAUGGUCCUCAGGGCCGGGGCUCAGGCCAUCAGGCGCGGCCCGCAGCACAGCGUCACACGGAGGGCGGGUGGUGGUGGUCCCCACAUCGUGGCUCAGUACCGUCAGCCCCCUCAGACGACUAAACAGCAGUGGUUUCGCUCUGAGCUGCUCAGCGGCUUCAUGUGGUUCUGGAUCCUCUGGCACUUCUGGCACGAUUCAGACGCUGUCCUCGGUCAUUUCCCGUGGCCGGACACAGACGCCUGGACUGACGAGGAGCUGGGCAUUCCUUCUGAUGACCAGUGAUGACAUCAUCUUUAUCAUCUCACACACACAACGGUGCUGAGUCGAGUGUAUGUGCACAUGGAUGGGUGUGUGUGUGUGUGUGAGGGGUCCAUGUGGAACCUGUGAUGAUGUUCAGCUCGCCCUGCCUUUCUGUUGUACAGAGACUCAUUCAGUCUGAUUUCAUUUCCCGUACACACGCAUGUAAAAUAUUAUUAAUAAUAAAGGAGAUAAAGGACGA